AUGGGUGACGAAGGCCCUGAUUCCUUCCUCUCGAGGGAGAAUUCCCAUGAUGCCGAGUCAAGACCGGGCAAAAGACAACGCACCUUUAUCGCACGCCAGGCUUGCGAGGCGUGUCGUGCAAAGAAAACAAGAUGCGACGAGGACAUGCCAUGCAGUCUCUGCAGGAGUCUGGGGAUCGAAUGUACUUAUGCCGAACGUAAGCCUACCAAGAAUGAGAUCUCUAUGAGCAUGAUCUUCAACACCCUGAAGAGGAUGGAGUCCAAGAUCGAUCAUCUAUCCGUGCCGGAGUCUCCUGUGCCCCGACAGGGGUCCGAGUCGAUUCGAAGUGAUCCAGGCCGUCCACUCGUGGAGAGCCCCUACCGCAUGGAGGCUCCAAUGUCAAUCGCGUCUAUAACAUCGCCUCCAGCUCCGAGCGCCGGGCCUCCGACUCAGUCACCCGAUCGCCUAUCCUUCAGUGCCCACCAAACCGUCCACUGGCCUGGAAUAGUGGCAACACUACCUAACAGCCUCGCUUCAGCCGCUCAGAGCCUCGAACGAAGCUAUCCCACCCUUCUUGAAUCUGGGCGACCACAGCUCGACCCAAUCAUCCCCGCGCAAGCCUCUUUCCCUGGCGGUGACUGGCUCGCCUCGCUGGGCUUGUCCUGUGUCAAAGAUUUAUCGAAUGCUUAUUUCGAUACUUUCAACCGCGUCUAUCCUUUUGUCGACCGUGAUUACUAUUUCCUGAGCACUCUUGCCGUUGUGGUUCGGGAGGGUUUCGGAUAUGACAUCGAGUCUUGUCUGGUGUUAAAUGUCAUGGCAAUGGGAUGUAUGGGCCUCCGAUCAUUUGAGGAAGGAGGGUUCGACACUGCCGGCCACCCCCCAAUAUCUCCAAUCGUCCGCAAUAUCAUGGACGAGGAAAUACCUGGGUUGAGCUUUUUUAACGAAGCUCGCAGACGAGUCGGCUUUUGUCUCACCGAAAGGGACAUCCAAAGCUGUCAGUAUUAUCUUGUGUCGGCCCUGUUUUUCGCGCAACUUAUGCGUCCUGUCGACGAAUGGAUGAUGACAAACCGUGCUGCCGUCACCUGCACUGCGUUCUUCAAGUGCCCACCAGAACCUCACGAUGAGUGGUUGGCGGAUAUGCAAUCUAGGUUGUUCUGGACUGCCCUGGUGCUCGAGACUGUCAUUGUUCAGGAGCUAGAAUUGCCGCCUAGCAGACUGAAGGACUGGGAAGAUGUGGUGCCGCUUCCCAAAUUCACCAUUUAUCCUUAUGCCGACAAGUCGCGCCCUCGAAACGCAGACGAUUCAUAUUACCACUACCACUUCCUCGCCCAAAUCGCCCACCGAAUCAUCCUCAGUCGAAUCCGGGACGAACUGUACUAUAGCAAUCCUUCAGCAACGCUGGCAGACGAAUUGCGGCAUCAGCUGGAUCAGUGGCGCGAUAACCUUCCUGCUGCGUUGCACUGGACCAGCGAGGGCGAGGACCAGACGUUUGACUCACCUGCCAAUGCAAUUGUGGUGACAUUGCUCCAAGCUCGCAACCGUAUAUCCAGAUUCCACCUAGGCCGGCCAUUCUUGUACAAAGCCAUCCAGAAGCCUACGUCGGUGAGCGAAACCGAUUUGAAAGUCUGCUCGGAAGCUCUACAAUAUGCAAUGGAUUGGCCGCUAGCCCUGGACGUUUGCGCGCGGAUGAAAAGUUUUAUGCCGUUGAAGUAUUUUGGUUCGGGGCAGAUGUUUGGACAACUGUUCAUAUUCCAUGCUUUCAAGAACUCGCCCAACCCCCGAAUCCGCGAAAUACUCCCCAUGGGAUACGAAGUCUGGUGUACCAGAAUGCUGAGGUUCAUGGCUGAGUUGGUGGAGUCUAGCCCAACCUUGUCAAAAGACUUCGAAUUGCUGUCUGCAUUAUACCACCUGGCCGAAGCUUGA